CUUGGCCCGCACUGCCUCUCGGGACUGAGGCGGGUUCCCUUCAGUCGCUUCUCUCGGCGCCCAGCUGCAGCACGCGGGUCGGAGCCCUGAACUGUGGUCCCCAACAUGGCGGACAGCGGCGUUGUUAUGGUGACCAAGAAGCACAAGAAAAAAAAGGAGCGCAAAAUAUUGGGAGACGAGGAUAUAGCUGAAAUACAACAUGAAGGGGAAUUCUUCAUCAAACCUGAAUCUAAAGUAGUUCAAUUGGACACAUCUCAGUGGCCUUUACUCCUAAAGAACUUUGAUAAACUAAAUGUAAGGACAACUCACUAUACUCCCCUCCCUUCUGGAUCUAACCCUCUCAAGAGAGAAAUUACAGACUAUAUCAGGACAGGUUUCAUUAACCUUGACAAACCCUCCAAUCCCUCUUCCCAUGAGGUAGUUGCGUGGAUCCGGCGAAUACUCCGUGUUGAGAAGACGGGCCACAGUGGUACUCUGGAUCCGAAGGUGACUGGCUGUUUAAUUGUAUGCAUAGAACGAGCUACCCGAUUGGUCAAAUCCCAGCAAAGUGCAGGCAAAGAGUAUGUGGGAGUUAUCCGGCUGCACAAUGCUAUUGAAAGCGAGGUUCAGCUUUCCAGGGCACUGGAAACUUUGACAGGCGCUCUGUUCCAGCGACCACCUCUUAUUGCUGCUGUCAAGCGACAACUCCGAGUACGAACCAUCUAUGAGAGCAAAAUGUUAGAAUAUGAUCCUGAAAAAAGACUAGGUAUCUUCUGGGUGAGCUGUGAGGCUGGAACAUACAUUAGAACAUUGUGUGUCCACGUUGGCUUGUUACUUGGAGUUGGAGGCCAGAUGCAAGAGCUUCGCCGGAUCCGCUCUGGUGUUAUGGGGGAGAAGGACCACAUGGUGACUAUGCAUGAUGUGUUAGAUGCUCAGUGGCAGUAUGACAAUUACAAGGAUGAGGGUUACCUUCGUCGGGUUAUUUAUCCUCUGGAGAAGCUGCUGACAUCCCACAAGCGGCUGGUCAUGAAGGACAGUGCGGUUAAUGCCAUCUGUUAUGGAGCAAAGAUCAUGCUUCCUGGAGUUCUUCGGUAUGAAGAUGGCAUUGAAGUCAAUCAGGAGGUUGUGGUCAUCACUACCAAAGGAGAAGCAAUUUGUGUGGCUAUUGCCUUGAUGACUACAGCAGUGAUUUCUACCUGCGACCAUGGUAUAGUGGCCAAGAUUAAGAGAGUGAUCAUGGAGAGAGACACUUACCCUCGGAAAUGGGGUCUGGGCCCAAAGGCAAGUCAAAAGAAGAUGAUGAUCAAGCAAGGUCUUCUGGAUAAGCACGGAAAGCCCAAUGAUAGCACACCUACAUCUUGGAAAGCUGACUAUGUGGACUACAGUGUAUCUGUGAAGAAAGAACCAGUUGCAGUUGUAGUUGAACCCCUGAAGACAGAAAAGACAAGAAAGCGGAAACGAGAAGGGGACAGUGAAGAGGAAGCCGAUGUUGCUCCUGGGUACAGUGAUUAUAGUGAUUAUGGGGAUUAUGGGGAAGAGAAUGGCGAAGAGGAUGAAGAAAGCAGUGAGGAGGAGGAUGCAAGUGGUGAAGUGCAGGAAGAGGAAGAAGAGGAGGAGGAGGAGGAGGAGGAGGAAGUAGUAGGAAUAGAUAGUGAUGGAGGAGGUGUUGAAGAGGAAGAUGAUGGUGACGAAGUUGCAGCAAGUGGUGAUGAUGAAGAUGAAGAAAGUGAAGCCUUUACUCCUCAACUGGAAGUCAGCAAAAAAGGGAAGAAGAAGAAAAACAAAAAAGAGAAAAAGUCUAAAGUUGCAGUAGAGAGUAGCAAAUCAAAGGAAUCGGCCACGGAGAGCACCAAGAAGAAGAAGAAAAAGAAGAAAGCCAGACUAACGACUGAGGAUUCUGACUAGUGAGCAUCCAUUAUGGAGGACAUGAUGGAAGCCUUCACCAGAAUAACGCCAACUCUCCACAACUGUUUGGAAGGAAGAGUGGCCAGUGGCUACCAUUGACCCUACUACUUGGAAUAUACUUCUGUAUAUCUUCUGUGGUGUGGGGAUAGAGUUAAUCCCAUCUUGUCCUGUUUUAAGGAUAUUGGCAAGGGCAUGGGUGAGAAAUAUAUGCAAAACUGCCCAACAGCAGUAGCAGAUUCUGUACUAUAGCUUACAUUUAGAGCAGCAGGUGGCCAAGCUAUCCACAUAUACCACCUAGUAGCUGUUUGCAGCCAUUUUUAAUUUGCUCAUUUUAUCUUGUUUUACAUCAUGGAUCGAGGGUGUUGAAAUGUUUUCUUCCUUGUUUUCCUUUGCUGAAAAGUUGAUAAAACAUUUUUAUGUUUUGCACAGGCUAGAAGCCCCCAUUGCUAGUGGAGGUUAGCUGUAGUGUGGUCAUGUUUAAAGAGGGCCCCAAAACAGCUUCUCAGAGUCACUUUCUCCUCUCCAAACACAUCUCCUGGCAUGGAAUGUGCUUCUUCCCGCAAUGUUGUGUGUUGGUGAGCCUCUGAAGAAAAGGGCUCUUGGGACUGUUUAUUCUUCCAGUUCCAAAUCUUCUGAGCCACCUUAGAUGGAGGAUGGGUGUUUGCAAUGGAACCAUCUGUCCUAUAUAUAUAUAUAAUAUAUACACAUACACACACAUAAAGUGAUUCUGCACCCAUCCUCCCUCCCACUCAUUUAGUUCAGAGAGGGGGGUAAAACAACUAAAUGGCUGUAGGGGAGGAGAAAAGUUGUAAUUUUUAUUUACUUUUUAUUAAAAAUAAUAAAACAUAA